AUAUUGAGGUUGACAUAUAUUAUUAGAAAUGUCAUUUGCUUUAUCUGUUGUCUAUUUAGUAACGGAUAUAUUAUAAUAUUAAGAAAAUAAACAUCUAUUAUAAUUAAAAUAAUGCGGACAAUAAAAAUAAAGCAAAAAUUAUAAUAUUGACUUGAAAAAAUUUAAAGAUUUAAAUUUUACGUAAACAUUAUAUCAAUUUAUGUGUAAUGUGUAUUUAAUGCGACUAUUAAAUAAAAAUUAUUCAAAUUGACAUAGCGAAUUUAUAUGUAUAUCUAGUUUUAUAUACAGAAUAGAAUAUGGAUAAUAUGUCAAUGAUCAACAGGAUUUUUUAAGGGUGUUUAUUGUGAUGGUCUGUUUGGAGAGCUUUAAUAUAAAAUACUAUGGCUCGACAAGAAAAAGCAAAAUCCGUAACAUUUCUAGAAUCAUGGUUCAAAACAAGCAGUACGAAAAAACCAGCGGGGCAAAGGCCCACCUCCACGCUGACAGCACGUCCCAAUUCGGAGAUAGAUAUAGGAGACGCUGAUGAUGAAAAUUUAAAACUAAUCGACGUAAUGGGCGAAAAAGAAGUUAAUUUGAAAAUCGAAGAGUUGCUGAGUGACAUGAAUCUGAAUGAUGACAAGAAGAAACCUUUAAGGGAUAUGCCAAUGGAACAGAAGCGAGCUAUGUUAAAAAUGCAAAACAAAAAGAAAGGUCAACAAGACACAGGAAGCAAAUUCAAUGAUCCCGAGGAUUAUUACAAAUAUCUUGAUCAACAUAUUAAUUCAGAAUAUUUACAAUUGAACAAAUUGAUAAAUUGUGUAGAAAGUUUAAGGGUAGCAUUGACCAAUAAUCCACUUAGUUGGGUUGAAAAAUUCAUUGCUAAAGGGGGUGCUAUAAAGAUUGAACGAGUCUUGGAUAUAGCAUUGAAAAAUAGGGACAUUCGACUGCAGACGGAGUGUUUACGCUGUUUUGAAAAAAUUAUGAACAAUACUACGGGUCUCAAAGCAUUUUACAAAUUUUCUAAAGCCCACCUAACUGUUGCCAAAUGUUUGGACCAUGAAGUACCUACUGUGAUGAUACAAGCCUUAAAGAUUCUUGCUCCGAUAUGUGUUCUAAACGAAGACACAAGUGGCGAAGAAGAAGGAGUAAAAAAGGUAUUGAGGGCUAUAACUGAAGUCGGUGAAAUUCAAUCCAGGGAAAGGUUUUUACCCGUUGUCCUCGGUAUUACCAGAAGUGAUAAUAUAGAUUUACAGAGUAUGUGUUUCCAACUUAUCAACGCAUUAUUAUCGGAAACAGAAGACUUCGAGUUUCGGAUGCAUUUAAGGAAUGAAAUUAUACGAAACGGGCUAUACGAAAAAUUACAAGAACUACGAAACGAAAGUAAUCUCCAAUUGAAAACUCAGUUUGAAAUUUUCGACUCCCGACGAGAAGAUGACGCAGACGAAUGGCAUGAACGUUUUGACAAAGUCAGACUUGAAAUGGAUGAUAUACAAGACUGUUUUGAAACCCUAAAAAAUCUGACUUUGGAUACACCGUCUGAGCCAUAUUUUUUGAGUAUUAUGCAACAUUUAUUGUUUAUUAGGGACGACAUUAACAUAAGGCCAGCCUACUUUAAAUUGAUCGAAGAAAUUAUAUCACAGAUAGUUCUAACUAAGUCUGGGUUAGAUCCUGAUUUUAAGAAGAAACACAUAGAUAUUGAUCUUCAACCUCUUUUAGAUGAACUUAAAGAUAAACCGAUGCAAAUCGAAAGCGCCGAAGUUGAAAGUUUAAAAAAGCAACUUGAAGAAGCAAUUGCAGCAAAAACUGAAGCAGAAGCGAAAUUAGAACUAGUACAAGGCCGAACAGGAACUACCGAAAAUUCUGGAAAAUUGGAUCCAGCUCUUGUAAGUAAAAUAAAUGUUCCACCUCCACCACCCAUGCCAGGAGCAUCGGGAGGAAUACCUCCACCGCCUCCUAUUCCCGGUUCAGGCACGGGCCCUACACCACCUCCAAUGCCUGGCGGCCCUGUACCACCUCCAAUGCCAGGAGCGGGAGCUGGACCACCUCCACCACCCAUGCCGGGUAUGGGUACCGGUCCACCACCGCCACCAAUGUCUGGAAUGGGAGGAGGACCGCCUCCACCUCCAAUGAUGGGUGGCAUGGGACCACCUCCCCCACCGGGUAUGGUACCAUUACCCGGAUUAGCUAGACCUGAUCUACUCCCUCAUGGUUUGAAACCAAAGAAAAAGUGGGAAGUCACUGGACCUCUGAAAAGGGCGAAUUGGAAAAUGAUUCUGCCCCAAAAGAUGUCAGAAAAAGCAUUUUGGGUCAAAGCAAAAGAAGAAGAAUUGGCAGAACCAGAUAUUCUUGAUGGUUUAGCGAAAAAGUUUUCAUCGAAACCUGCUAAAUUAACAGAAGACGUUACUGAUAAGAGUAACCACGUUGGCACUAUGAAAAAGGUUAAGGAGUUGAAAGUUUUGGAUGGAAAAUCUGCUCAAAACAUUAGUAUAUUGUUAGGCGGUUCAUUAAAACACAUGCCGUAUGAUGACAUCAAGAAGGCUUUGUUGAGGUGCGAUGAACAAGUUUUAUCAGAAAAUGUUACUGAACAACUUAUACAGUAUUUGCCACCAGCCGAUCAACUGAACAAAUUACAGAAUUUCAAAGAACAGUAUAAAGAACUAACAGAAGCUGAACAAUUCUGUGUUAAGAUGUCUGAAGUGAAAAGACUAUUACCCAGGUUGAAAUCUCUUAGUUUUAAACAUCAUUAUGUGGAAAUGGUACAAGACACAAAACCCGACAUUGUUUCUGCUACAGCGGCAUGUGAUGAGGUAAAGAAAAGCAAAAAGUUUGCAAGAAUUUUGGAACUUAUUUUACUUAUUGGAAAUUACAUGAAUUCUGGAAGUAAAAACGCCCAGGCUUUUGGAUUUGAAAUGUCUUUUCUAACUAAGUUAACCGCCACUAAAGAUGUUUCUAAUAAACAUACUCUUCUUCAUUAUCUGGUACAAACAAUAGAGAACAAAUUCCCAGAUUUAAUAAACUUUUAUGAUGAGAUGCCUCACAUAGAUCAAGCUAGUCGUGUGUCUUUGGAUACCAUUCAAAAAACUUUGAAACAAAUGGACAGUAGUAUAAGAAAUUUGAAGACAGAUGUGGCAAAUAACAGGGUGCCACAAGGAGAUGAUGAUAAGUUCUUAGAAGUUAUGGAAAAAUUCGCGGAAGAAGCAAGAGAACAAUGUGACAUAAUGCAAAAAAUGUUGAAAAAAGUAGAGAACCUUUACAGCGAUCUAGCCGAAUAUUAUGCCUUCGACAAGCAGAAAUAUACAUUAGAAGAAUUCUUUACAGAUUUGAAAACAUUUAAAGAUAGUUUCUUGCAAGCGAAAGCGGAUAAUCAGCGGGAAAGAGAAAUCGAAGAAAAGAAGGAAAAGGCCAGGUUGGCAAAAUUAAAACAGGAACAAGAAAAGGAAGAGAGAAACAAACGAAGGCUGAUAGAUAUGAAUCCUUCCGAGACCCAAGAAGGGGUCAUGGAUAGUCUACUAGAAGCUCUUUCUACUGGUAGUGCUUUUGGAAGAGAACAAAAGAAGCGUAGGGGUCACCGACCAGCUGGAGCUGAAAGAAGAGCCCAAUUAGUGAGGUCAAGGUCGCGAACAGCUUUAAUAUCAGGAAGAGAAUUAACAAGUGAAAUAUUGGCGUAGCAUCAAAAAUACAGUACCAACGCACAACGAAUUUACCGCUCAAAAAAAGAUUUACAUUAUUAAAAAGAUUUUAUAUUUCAUAAUUUAUUUUGUAAAUGUUUUGGAUUGUAAAUAAUGGUAUAUAUUUGUAUAUUUGGAAUUGAACGAAUCUCUAUAUAUAUAUUUUUUUAAGUUUUAGCGUGUAAAUAAGGCCGAAAGGGUAUGAAAUAUUUCAGUCUUUUGUUAAUUUCUUUUGAUGUCAGUAGUUUUCUGUUAUUAGUCAAUAUAACAUGUUUUUUACACACUGAUAUCAGCAACAUCCGUAAUUUAAAUAGUGUCCAAACUAAUUGAAAAUUUUAAUCACUUUAAAAUAAUUGAUUUUAUUUUUUUGUAAAAAACUAAACUUGUUGACACAUUUAUCAAUUAUAUUCGUAUUUAUUCAAUUUCAACUAUUUGUAAUAUUUUUUUGUAAUUAUAUGUUUAGAUAAUUUCUAGAUUUUCAUUUGAUCGAAUUAGGCCGGUUGAUGUAUGAAAAUUUUAGUAUUGCUUCAUAUUUUGUUGAUCAAUUAGACAAAACAUAAUAAAUUUAUAUUGUAAUUUAAGAGAUUGAAAUAAAUGAAACAUUCAUAAGCAAAUACAAACCGUAUAUGAAUAUUUGUAAAAUAUAAUUAAUUUGCAGCUGGAUUGAAAUAAAUCAUCUUUAUUUUAGGUUUUAAAAAACAGAUAAAAAAAUUAAUGCUUCGAUUAUUCCGGUCUUUAUCAAAAUAUGAUUUGACAUUGACAAUUUAUAUAAUGAUAUUAAAGAAUAGAUCACAUGAAUAUCAAAACAAAAUAUAAAGGAAAAUCUGUUUCAACCAGAAAAAUAACCAUCUUAUUAACUUAUUCCUUAUUAAAUUUAUAAAAUGGAAUAAAUUUUACUCACAUUGUUUAGGUCUUUUUUAUCAUCGACAUCUUUCUCGUUCCUAUGUGUGUGAAUAAUUUCUAAAAAUUCUUUUCUCUUUUUCAAGUAUUAGAUUCCCCUUCAAAAAUUUUUGGAUCUUUAUAGUUGAAUGUAUGUUUUUUUUAUAUUUUGUGGUUUGUUAAUGCAUUUGUAUUUUAUUUUAUUUUUUGUUUCUUCUUGAAAAUAAGUAUCAGACAUCAAUUUAAUUAUUCGUAGAUUUAUUGAAAUGUAUAAAAUAGAAUUAUGAAUUUUACUCAAAUUGUUUCAAUCUACAUUAUUGUAUUGAUUCAUAAAAUUUGAGUAAACUUCAUAAUUCUAUUUUAUAAUUUCAAUGUAACUACGAAUAAUUUCAUUGGCGACUGCCAAUUAUUUUUGAGAUAUAACCAUAAAGAAAAACUUUUUUAUUGGGAUUAAAAUAGACUUUUAUUUCUAUAUCCAUAUAGGUGAUCCAUUGAUUAAUAUAAUUACGCAGAUGGUCAAAUCAUAUUUUGAUUAAACUCGAAAUGUGAAAUUUUUUAAUCAAUUUUGAAAACUAAUUUUUUAUUGAAUAAGACCUUGAUUCAAAACGAUUUAUUGUGGAAGUGUGGCAGUAAAACACCAAAUUAAACUUUUUAUUUUUACAUAUAUAUUCCAACCUUUCAAAUAACUAUGUAUUACGUUUGACGAAUACUUAGUUAUUCAAAAAGUUGGAAUAUAUAUUAAAAACUGUGCACUUUGGUGUUUUAUCACCACCGUCUCACAACAAUCACGUUCAUAAGCUAGUUGUCAAAGACUCGAUUUUAGGCUUCUUUUAAUUUAUCGAAUUUUUAAUUGAAUGAUUUUUAAUAGACCUAAUUUUAAUAGUUUGAUAAAGACCGAAAUUGAGCGGACACAUCAAAAAAUUUGCUUAACAAUACGGGUAAAUCAACGUAAUAUACGUCGAAAAAUUUUGUUAAUCUUCAAUAAGAAGCCAUAUGCUGAGAUGAUAUCAGUUCUACCGUCCAUCAUCAUUUCAUUCUACACGGAUGUUACCAUCACUGUUUGCGUGAUUUUCUAUGAUAUGCUUCCAGCGUUCUAAGUUACCAGAUGUUAUAUAGUAGUGUGAUGAGUCCACGUCCUGAAUAUUGCUUGACUGAACUUCCUUUAUUACGGAAACGCCGUCAUACUUGACACUUAAGACAUUUGCGAGUCUCUCUCGCGCUCAACUAAGUCUGUUUGCUACACGUCUACAGGGGAGAAGGUCUAAAGAUUUAUUUAUUCUGUCUUGAAAUUAACUACCGUAAUAAAAUACAAAAUUGGCAAUGCAUCCGUAUAAGAAUAACUGUAUAGAAAUGGGAAAAUCACGUUACAGGAUUUUUUUGUCAACCAUGGUCAUUCAAUCAACGUAUCUAAUUGGUUUUUAUUAAAUUUGGUACAUUAAUAAUUGAUUUAAUUAGAAAAAGAUACGGUAAGAAAUUUCUUGGGUGUGUUCAUCAUGUACUACUUUAUUGUGGUGGUUCAAAUUGAUGAGAAGUAAUAAGAUGUAUUUGUAAAAAAGCUACGAUGUGUAAAUCGUAUGGCCAAAUGCAUUAAUGUGAAAUUUAUAUUAAUGAGUUGAAGAUAUUUUAGAAUAUAUUGUGAAAUUAUGAAAUUUUCACCAAUAUGUAGGUAGUAUUUUAUUUUCCAUAUCAUUCUCCAUUUCAAAAGAACUACCAUUUAUUUGUAUUUCCUAAAAUUUACAUGCUAUACUUUUGGAAGAAUUUUUAACUUUUUAGUCAUCACCAUACAAGUAAUCUGAACUUUUUUAUAGACAGUAAUAAACAUGCUGGGGUAGGAAGUUCUACUAAUUUUUUCCGAUUUAAUAUAUACUUUAUAAUUGUUUAUACAUAUUCAUUUCAUUGAAACUACUCAAAAUUGAUAAAAAUCAAACAUAACUUAUGACUUACAGAGUAGAAAUUUUCCAAUUUUUUCAAAUGUACAAUUAAGUUCAUAAUUUACUUAAAUGUAAUGGUUUUUCAUGAACUAAUAUAUGGUAUGUAUAUUUAUUAAAUUAUAAUUACAGUUAUAAAUGAUACAUGUAAUAAAAUAGCAAUUCCAGUGUCACAUAAAAGCCUACAAGUACUCAAUAUGAGUGCCUCACAUAUCACAGUGAAGAUUGAACUUCUCAACGGAUUUAUUAAGUUUAGUUACUAUCAUUUUCAUAUUGUUUUUCUUUUUCCGAUCUUUCUAGUAAUCCAUUAAAUUAUUUUUUUUAUUUCCGUUUAAGUGUCCUCGCAAUAUAUUUCUUUUGUAGUGUUUCCUUGAUUAUAUUAUAUUAGUGUAGCUAUUCUAACUUGGCAAUUUUCUUGUGCUUUUUUUGUACCAUAUAUUAUGUUCUUCAUUAUCAAUGUUUAUUUUACUUCCAUUACAUAACUUCUACCAUGUCAUUUGUUCUAUUUCGGGUACUUUCCCUAGCGUCAGUUUCUAUAUUGCAUGUUGUAUUUACUUUGAACUUACUUCAGCUUUUGUUUUUCGCUUUUCUGCUACUUUUAUACUUGUCCUAUAGUCUAUUUUCACCUCAUUUAUAUCGUAUCAUUCUGAAAUAUCUCUGAAAUAUUGUGUCCAUCUUUCUAUAUCAUCUUGUUUUACGUCUUUUAUGUUUAUGAGUGAAAUCUCAUCUUUACUUGCUUUUAUUUUUUAUUAAUUUAUUAAUAUUUAUUUUUUUGGGUUCUCAAUGGCUCCAAAGAAUACUAUAUUUUUUAGGCGUUUGUUAUCUUCUUUACAAAUUUUCGCCAUGCUUUCUGUUUCUAUUCCUUCGAUAAUCUUUUAACUUCUAUUUUUUCUUUCUUGUAGUCUGAUUAUACUUUAGUUUACUUUUAGUGUUUGAAGACGAUAACUUGUAACAGUGUAAUUGUGAGUUGGCGUAGUGGUUUAGUUGCUUUAGUUGUUAAAUAAUUCUUACAUUUUUGUUUUCCUAACUGUUUUUUGUAUUACAUGCUCACUAUUAUUGCUGUUCCACAUAUAUUUUUUUGCUGCAUUUACUAUUAUAUUGCCUUCUCCAUUAUUCCUCCACAAUGUCUUUUUUGUUCAUGUAUUCUAUUUUCUUUUAUUAUAUUAUGUUAACUCUUUUUGUAAGUUCUAUCUUUUCUUUGCUGUUUUUCUUUUGCGUUCUUGUUCUGGUUGUUACUAUUACCUAACCUAACCUAACCAAAUUUUUUACUCCCCAGAAACUUAUCUGCUAUAGAAUUCUCUAGUCUUUUGACUUCCCUUGUUAUUUUAUGGAUCUCCUCGUGUUGAAUUGGUUCUUAUAAGUUCGUUUUCUCCGUCUAAGUUUAUUAUUUUUCUGAAGUCUUUUGAAAAUAUUUUCACGUGGCUAAUAUGAUUUUUUGUUGUCAUGCUCCUCAUAGACACCACCAAGAUUAUUGGAUGAAGUUUGUACUGACAUGAUGUAUGUUAACUGAAAAGUUAGAACAAUAGUUGAGGGAAAUUACUACAAAUGAUUGUGCUUUUGCUAUAUUACUAUUUUAUGUUAUUUUUACAAUGUAGUUUUUGCCGUUUCCAUCCAAUAGGAUAACUUUUUUUUGUUUGAUAUCAAAUUGUAUUUUUGCACCUUUUUCAGUAGUUUUUUAUUUCUUUGUAUUUUGCAAAAAAGUUCAAAUGCACACUGGGGUGUUUGAUAAAAUGAUAAAACAUGUGAAUUUUAUAUUACAAUAUUCAUGUGUAAUUUGAACCUCUAGACUUGUGAGAUUUUAGGUGAUGCCCAACUGACCUAGGCUCCUAGCACAACCUGGUCUCUUUCCAAAGCCUCUGGAAACUGCUGCUAAUGUUGAGAAUCACAGCCUUGCUAAAUUCGUUAAAGUCCUUUUGGGCAUUAAUUUUUACAAUGUCGGUUUUAGUACAUAUACCGUUGACGGCAGUUAUCAAGAUUCGUUCGUAUGGUCUUGAUUUUAAAAAUAUAUUUUUUGUUAAAAAUUUUUUUGAGUGAGGAAUAAGAAGUGCCUUAAUAUAAUUGAAUGUGUGUGGAGGCAUGGAUAAUAAAUAAUUUCCUUUGUCCUUAUAAAAUUCACAUAUUGGUGAACAUAUGACAUUACUAUGAUUGUUUAAAUCCGAAGAAUAGGUUUUUGUAUUUCCAGCACAACGUCAUAUUUUUCCUUCUGUCCCCAUAGCUCUAGCUUAGAUUUGCUUUUGUACUUUUUCCAAGUAUUAGAGUCAUUUCCAUUUCAUCGGCUUUAAGUAUAUUGAUGAAUAUUUUACCUUCAAAUCCUAUAACUUUCCAAAAAUUUUCCGAUUUGUUCCUUGUGGAAGACUAAUUCUAUGAAUACUGGUAAUUUCUGGCUUUGUUAGGUUAAACUUAGGAUGCCUACUGCUAAAUGCGUACAUACAGUCUUUCUCAAAAUUUUUUAUCCUGAUUGAAUUUGUUUGAGGUUUCCGAGGUCGUAAAACUACACGCCUCUAUUUAAUUAGUGUUACACCAUAAAAUAUUUUAGGUCAAUUUUUAGAAAUUUCAUUCCCCAAUCUUUCGAAAAUGAUUUGUGGUACCUUGCCUUUUUAUUAGUUUCUUCCAAAAAUACUCACUCCGUGUAUUCUGAACAGUAUAUUCUAUUCGAUCCAAGAACACUUUGAAGUUUGUGAAAACUGUAAUACGAAUAAGGACAUUAUAUUGAUUGCUAAUAUGAAAUCAACUCACUUUAAUAUAUAUGAUUUAAUUUGAUAAUCGUCAACUAUCUGUUGUGUUAAUGACCUAACCUCAAAAAUCAUAAUAAUAGCAACCAUUAUUAUUACUAUUGACUUCGUGUUAAAAAAAGAAAAUUGCUUGUAUUUUUAUAAUAUUUUCAGCAUAAAUAUGAUAUUUAUUAUAUAUUUUUUGUUUUGAUAUCUGUUGUAUGAAAUUUCCAAAGAAGAAUAGAGUGACAUAUUUUGUCAUUAACCCGAUUACCUGUUGGUCCUCAUCUGCCAACUCUCUCUUGAUGACUGUAUUGUGUUUGUAAAUAUUCAUAUUUCACUUUUAUUAAUAAAAUAAUGGUUGGGAUUUUAACAAACUGGUCUAUUUAAAAAUUGGUAAUCAUUUUUGAAAUAAUUUGUGGAAGAUUUGGUGUAGGAGUUCAAUUAUAAUGGAUUCAAACUUGUUUGUAUCCUUUGAAUUGAAUAUAUGUUUCCAUUAAAAUGAAUUGAAUACAUUUAUUAUUGUUUUGUAUAGAAUAAUAGCAAGAUUAACCAUCCUUCAAACAUUAGAUUCGAAGUUUGUUUAGGUUAUCGAAUCCUAGAGUAAUUUUUCAUUAAGUUCGAUUACAAUUUUUUCUAAAUUUCAGUCUAAUUUGAAAUUUAAUAAAUAGGUUGAUUGUUUUCAAAGUUUACAUUCUGCUAAAUCAAAACCAAAAUUGUAAAACAUUUUCCGACCAUUUCAAAGAAAGCUAUUUUCCAAUUUGGUGACUAUAUAAAGUAUAUAAAACCGUUAACAUAAUUUCAGUUGAAACCGUUGAUUACCAAAUUAAAAGUGGCAUUUUGUGUAUAGGUAUAUAUAAAUUAUGGAACAAUAUAAGAAAUGAAAUGAUUUAACAAGAGAUUGAAAAAAAUAAUCAAUGAUAAUAUAAAUAAUAUUCUUAAAUAAAUUGUAUUUUAUAUAUUAAAGCAAAUAUUCAAAGCUGAAUUAUCUUUCUGUAUUUAACUUAAAAAUUGUAUUCAAAGAAUGCUUAAGUAAUGUUUAUUUUUACACUGGAUAUUUUUUAUAACAUUUGUGAAUAUAACAUAUUUUAUUAAAUUAUUUUGAAUUGUU